AAAGCCCUGGACCCUUCACUCAUAAAAAUGAAAGGCUUUCAAACAUCCGGAGGCCUACUCUUUUAUUUUUUUAAGGAAAGUUGGACCGACCUCUUCUGAAAACAGAAGUCAGCCCCGAUGAGCUGAGUUACAGCGUUAUUAGUCACAAGGACUGAACAAAAUGAGCCUCACAAACUGUCCGUCGCUGCAGGAAUCCAGGCUUUCUCCGGAGAGUCCAGGUCGUCUGCAAUCGACUCAUUUGUAUUUCACGCUCCUCACGGAGGAAAUUCCGCUAAAACGUUUUAUCAAGCUUCCCACGGGCGUAUAAAAAUUAUGACUGAUGACAUAGAGGUAAUCAGCAGACCUGAUGGAGGAUGCCAGCUAGGACCAAUAAAAUGCACCAAGGUUUAUUACAUUUCAAACAAAUGAAGAUGCAUCAGAAAGCGAUGAGAUGUUCAAUAACUACAUGUGAUAUAGUUAAAGAUGGUGUGUAGACAGGGAGUGAUUGACUCUGCGGAGCCUUUUUCAUGCAUGGUUGUUGUGUUGUUGUUUACAUGCUUUGUAUGUACGCAAGGUGUGUUGAGUGCCACAGAACGAGGCAGCUUCAGGUAGCCCUGCAGCUCAGAGUCUGGAUCACACGUUGGAUCUGUUACAGGAUGCUGUUAAGAGUUCUGGCUGGUUCAGAGCAGCUUUUAACCAUCCUGGUGUUUGUUUGUAGUCUUUUCAGUCUGAUCCCGUCCUGUUUGUGUUUUGGUCCGGUCCUAACGGAUCUGUGCGCUCUGGACUGCUGCCAGAACAUCGGAACCCCUCGACCUCCCACUGACUGAAUCUUACUUUUAUUGGCUGUAAAUUAAAAUUCCCCCCGAACUGUGGGAAGGAUUCAAGCUGACAGGUGUUUACAGAAAACGGAAACCCAGUUUUCCCAGGCUUUCCUACAGGAAUUGAAUGCAGCAUGCCUGUGGACCGUUUCAGUGUAUUUUUUUGGAGCUUCUCGACUCCGUUACGCAGCGCGCGACUGCUUCGUGUCAUUUAGACCAGGAGCACGUUCCAGCCCACAGCGGUCGGGUUCUCGUUCAAGGGUCUUCUGGGUUCGGUCCACGGAGGCCUCCACUGACCACCUGCUGGAGAUGAGCAUCCGAGAACCAGUCCCUGUUCUGGAAUAGUCGUCUGUUGAUGAGUAGAUCGGUUGGAACCGGUUCUUCUGCCGCCCUCGGCUCCUUAAAGAUGGACAGCUCGGUCCGGUGUUUCCACGCAACAGCGCAGCGGCUGCUGGGAUCCAUCUAGAUCUGCUCUGCUCCCAAAGACAUGGAGCGACGCGAUGAGCACCAGGAUGACUUGGGUCCUCCACCCUCUGGUCAGCAGGCAGAAAGCCCACAGCAGGAGGAGGCCACCACGAUGAAGAGGAGUGAUAAGUACCUGCCAGUCCCUGCAGAGGAAAAGAAGCUGGAUGAAGACUUCAGCUCCAAGCCAAGGAUCAAUGAGUCCAUUCCAAUGAAGACACUUUAUAAUGAAGAUCAUCAGCAGCUUGGUCCGUUCUUCUCUGAUGGACAGCGCCGGGUGGACUUCGUUCUGACAUACAGCAUUCAAAAGCCCAACUAUGUCCGGCGCCGCUCAUCCAAAUCUAGUGACACCAACUUUCUGCAGAGGCUGUGGUGCAGCAUGAGGAACAGCCGAGCCCCCCUGCAGCAGAAGGAAGACCCAGAGAUCGCCGCCCAGGAGCAACGGGCUGACUAUCACGAGGACGACAAGCGCUUCAGGCGGGAGGAGUUUGAAGAAAACCUUCGUGAGAUGGGACUAGAGCUUGAAAAAGAUGAAGGGGUGAGAGAUGACCUCUAGUUGAUUUAACCUAAACCUGAUUGGCUAUUUUUUUUCUUAUAAAUAAGAAUUUCAUUUCCACAUUUUUAACCCUUUACAGUAAAUUACAGGAUUUAAAAAUCUAAAAAUUUUGAAAACAUUGAGCUGUACUUACUGAUUCAGAUUCAGGUUGUUUUGCUUGAUUUUAAUCUGCUUUGUGGAACAUUUGCUGGCUUAUGCUUAAACCAAGCUUGCUGGGACCAGGGUUUGUAGCUGUUGAAGGAGACCUGUAUGAGAGGACCAGGUGAGUUAUAGAUGUGCUUGUUUUUGCUGCCAGCAGUCAGGAGCAGGACAGAGUCCUGGAGCUGGGUUUAUUCUCUCCAGCCUUCAGCUUACUUUGAUCUGCAGUUUCAUUUAGUGUUACGCAGGUUUGAGUCUAGAUGCACUUCUAUUAGAGUUUGACUUUGUUUCUUUUUUUUCUUAAAAAAUUAUUUACAAUUUACACUGAUUAGCUUUAUUGUCUGAAAAUGGGGCAGGUCUAAGAUUACACAGUUAUACACCGAACGCAAUACUUUUGUUCUAUUUCUUUUUUUACAUUUAUUUUAUUUGUGAGAACAUUGCAUUACAUAGCUUACUUUACUUAACACUAUAUCCAUUACUCACAGUUGUAUUUUUUGUGGACAAAACAAAGAUUACAUUAGAACAUUUCGAACAAGUUGGGAAAGACAGGUCUAAAUACGGGAGUACAUAAAGUGUUUCUCAGGGGGUUUUGAAGUAAAGUAUGAGAGAUGCAGGUUAGUCUUUAGGUCCAGUAAAGCUUUCAGAAAUGCGAGACAAUGACAGAUCACCCAUUCAGAUUUGGAAUGUUUGUCUAUUUAAGGCCAACAUAUUUAUCCCACUUGGUCCAUAGUUUAAUAAAUGUAUUUUUCUGAAGGCAAAGGGAGGUGAUGAUCCUUUCCAUAAGAUAAAUGUAAUUUACUAUACUUAUCCAUUCCUGUAUUGUAGGCGAAUCUGGGAGUAACCAGUGCUUUUUUUAACCAAAACCUUAAAUAAAUAUUCAUCAGCUGUCUGGAUCUGUAGAUCUAUAUUUCCUAAAAAUAAAGUGAGAAACUGCAUAUGUAGAUUAGUGUGGAAUAGACGACUUAAUACGCAGUGUUGCCACUGUUACCUUGAAAUAGUAAGCUGAUUACUGAUUACUCCUUCCAAAAGUAACUUAGUUUACUAAUUCAUUCAUUUAAAAAUUAACUAAGUUAGAUUACCAGUUACUUUAUUAGUUACUUUCAGCAUCUACCAAAAACACUUCCCACUGCCUCAACAUAAAAACUACAACUGGUUUUGCCAACACUCACUUUAUUGCAAAUGCUUUUCAACAGUAAUGUCAACAAAGUAUCUUCUUACAUUUUAAGUUGAACUUAGAAGAAGAAGAAGAAAAUAUCAUUUCUAUAGCGCCUCUCAAGAUAAAAAUCACGAGGCGCUUCACAAAAACAAAAAAUAUUAAAAUUGUAAAAAUAUAAAAAAGCAUUUUGAAAAUGUUUAAAAAAUAUAUUUAAAAUGAGCAAGAAUAAGCAAUUGCAAUUUAAAAGAAAAAAUGUUAAGAAAGAGAGAGAGUGAAUAGGAAAGAGGGAAAUCAGUGGAUCCUGAGGAAGGUGGAAUAGGCGGGGAGAGCAGAAUAAAGAGAGAGUGGUGAAGAAGGUCAUACAAAAGCCAGCUUGAACAGGUGAGUCUUCAGCUGCUUUAUAAAGGAGUCCACUGAGUUCACUGAUCUCAGACUCAGGGGGAGAGAAGU